UGCGUCACGGGAGGACGUUCAUUCUGUGGAGGGCGAUGUUCCGACCGGCCGGCCUGAGCGGCUCCUCCGAGGACGAGUUCGAGGACGACCUUGGAGGGGGAGCUGCGGGAGGCUCGAGGAGGAGCAGGGCCUUGGAGGAGCUGAUUGACAUGACGCCGACGGAAGUGAGACGAGAUGAACAACACGAAGCAACGGACUCGGGAUUUUUUAAUAGCGAAUCGGCACCAGAGAGCCUCGGAUCAAUCUCUUUAGCCAAUGGAAGCGAGCCGAACAGCCUGACUGUCCGAGAUUCGCCAGAGAAGUCCGAAAGCCUCUUUAAUGGGCAGUACAGUUCUCUCUCGCCCGGUUACUACAAUGGGUACGGCUAUUCUAAAGCCCCGAGUCCUGCCCCUUCGUGGUGCUCGCGCAAGAGCCACAGUCCAGCCCCGAGCGGCUCCUGGAGGCGGCGCCGCAUGCACGAGGGCUACUCCCUGCCCCUGGAUGAGUUCCGCAUGGCUGCCAUGCAGGGCAACCUCCCCGUCGUCAAAGCGCUCGUCAAACAAGGAAUUGCCGUAGACCAGAUCUUGAAGUCAGGCUGGACGUGCCUCAUGUACGCUUGCUCCAGCGGGAAGCAGCACAUAGUGGAAUAUCUGCUGCAACAAAAUGCUGACCCCAACCUCCACAAGGAGCUGUUCACGCCCCUCAUGGCUGCCUGUGCCUCUAGUCGGGAGUCCGAGUCAGACCUCCUGGAGUGCGUAGAACUCCUGUUGAACUACGGCGCCAAAGUAGACACGGCCGAGCGCCACAGGAUGACAGCGCUCAUGUUUGCCAGCAAGGAAGGCCGCGCCACCAUUGUCCAGAAGCUCAUCAAUGAAAAGGCUGAUGUGAACAAACAGGAUAAUAAAGGAUGGACAGCUUUAUGUUGGGCAGCAACCAAAGGUCAUGGAAAAGUGGUACGAAUAUUGCUUCAGAAUUCAGCCGACCCUCUCAAAAUGAACACUCAUGGUCAGCGUCCAGCUGAUAUAGCUCUUGCUGCAGGUUAUCCUGAGAUUGCAGACAUUCUAGAGCGUGUGUGUGUGAGGGAUUCGUCAGAAUCAAAUGCCCUUUUUAUCAAGGAAGAAGAUGACCUGGACUGCGUGCCUCGUAAGCCUUCUUCAGACAUCAAAAUCCAGAACUUUGGUGAACUUGAGAUGGUUCUGUCGGGCUUAGACUUGGCAUAUAUGAUACCCCUGUUUCAGGAACAUAAGGUGUCUUUUGAGACGUUUUUGCGUCUGACAGAAAAGGACCUUGAGAGCAUGAAGGUGUCAGCCAUCGGAGUGCGCAAAAAAAUCCUUCAAGCUGUCAAAGAGAUAAACAAGAAAGAGUGGCAGACGUCCAGCCUCCCGGCCAUCACUUUAGACACACAACUGACAGUCCCUGAAGCAGUAGCCAUGAUCGCCAACAUGAAUAAGCAUAUCCGCUACAUGCAUGCAUCCAUAGGCUAUCUGCGAGACCAGCUGCAAGGCAACCCUAGGCUGCUGCAGCUGGGCCAGGAGGUGCACAAUGUGGUCUCCCUCGCAAAGAACUGUGGUGAGACGCUCAAGCACCUGUCCAACUUUCACGAGGAGGUGAAGUUCUUCAAGACCCAUCUCGAUAAGGUCAGUGGAAACGCAGAGUACAGCUCAGCAGACCUCAUAGUGGACUAUGCAGACAACGGCAGAGUGUGGCAGCGACGCCUCUUAGCCUCGCUCGUGGCCACGACGGCAAUUGCAACAAUUCUCUGGUACUCGCGGCCUCGAGCCUUCGCCAAAAUCUUUAACAUUAGUGUUGUGCCGCACGAAACAGUUUUGUUAGACGUAUAAGGUGGCCUCAUUCUUCAGAGAGGAAGUAAAGCUUUGUCUUAAUAUGAUGAGGAGAUGGAUUCAUUUUGUUUGUUUCUGUUUAAACUUCACUUUCAGAAUUGAGAUUUUUUUUCAUCUUUCAACAUUACUGUUAUUAUUAACCAUUGUAAGAGAGAAUACUAUAAUAUUGCUUUCUGAUAUUUAUUGUUAAAUUCCUUACCAAGAAUUGUAAGGAUGUGGGAAAAAGAUAGGUUCUAAUUCUGUAUAGAGAAAAAAAAAUGCUUUGAGUUAUGA